AUGCAGCUGGGCCGACAGCUUUGGCGCGCUGUGCCGAGCGGCGUCGAUGGACUGGCGGCAGCAGUGCGCAAGACCCCGUGGCGGCUGAGCCGUGAUCAUCGCGAGGCUCUGCAAGAUCGGCUGAAGCUAUCGAAAGAGAAGCUGCUCGAGUCUUUGACGACACAUCUUGGAGGCAGCUGCCCCGUCGCUGUGGGGCUCAUGCGCAGCGGUGACGUUCUCCUAGGUCCUGCCCUAGACCUGGCCCAGCAUCGCCUGAGCGCGACACAGGUCCUCGUUGCCAAUGCUCUUCUUUGUGGCGAUGCUUUUGAGGCCAUUGGCUGCCGCGAGCGUCCCAGAGGCGGUUCUGUGGACCUGCUGCGGCAGCUGGAGAACUUCCCAGAGGUGAAGUGGUUCGGUGGUGAAGAAGCUCCGGGCUCCUUCGAGGGCCUCUUUGCCCAGCGCUGCGCUGCAGAUGCGCGGCUCGUGGAUGUCAUUGGAGCAGGUCACGGCUGA